AUGCGGCAAUUUGAAUUCACUGAAUUACUGUCCAGUCAUUGUCUUCUACAAGUAGUCGAUGAAGCGACCCAUGAGAAAGGACAUAUACUUCAUGUGUUAAUAUUCCGCAAAUUUGAGAGUCAUUUUCAUUCCAAUGUUCAAGUCACACCAGGCAUAUCUGAUCAUUCUGCCAUCACUUGCAAACUCCAUGUUGGUAAACCUCACCAGAUUAGCAGUUGUAGAGUUGUGCGAAAUAUUAGAGUGAUAGACAGAAAUGCAUAUGCUGCUGAUGUUCUUCAUGCUUUUACGUCAGUUUCCACCAUAGACAUACAUAGUGCUGUCGACAACUACAACUCUCAGCUACGUACCAUCCUUGAUAUUGUUGCACCUGCUAAGACACGCUGCAGGCGAGAUCACUCUGUCAGCCCGUGGUACAACCAUGAAAUUGCCCUUGCAAAGCGUAGCUGUCGACAAGCUGAACGGAAAUGGCGAUCUCAAGGCAAGUUGGAAAUUGAUCGGCAGCUGUACUGCAAUCAAAGAAAGGUUGUCAACUCCCUUGUUCGAAAAGCAAAGUGUAAUUACUAUGUUAGUCUCAUCGAAGACUGUGGAACGGACUCUAAACGACUAUUGAGUGUGGCCAAUCAUCUUCUAGGUCGCAAGAAGUCAUCACCUCUUCCAGCUCAUUCUCAUGGUGAAAGUUUAGCACAGCUCUUCAUGCAGUUCUUGCAGUCAGAGACAAGUAAGAUUUGUAGCAGCAUGUCCACAGACGUCACGCGGUCUUCAUCUGUGCAAACAUCUGCAUCUCUGCUAUCUUUUGAACCUACGACACCAGCUGAGAUUGAGAGACUUCUUCGCAACAUGCCACCGAAGUCCUGCGACUUGAAUCCGAUUCCUACUGCCUUAGUGAAGGAUUGUGCUCAGGUUUUUGCGCCUAUCAUAGCCAGCAUUGUCAACCAGAGUAUUCAGCAAGCAUCGGUUCCGAGUUCACUGAAGUUAGCUCACAUCCACCAAGUCUUAAAGAAGCCAUCUCUUGAUGCUGAAGCUCUUCAGAAUUACCGACCUGUGUCGAACUUCCCUUUUUUGUCCAAGAUCCUCUGGAGUUUUUAA